AUGCAGUCCUACCAGUCCUUCGCUCAUCCUUGUCGCCACACCUACCGAUGCCUCAGCCGUCGCGCCACCACCUUCCGGAGCUUUCAUAAAGCAACCGCAUGCCAGUCCGGACACAGUAGAUGGUCAAAGAUCAAGCACGACAAGGCCAAGGUCGACAGCUCCAAGAACAAGGCCCGCAGUAUCUUUGCCCAAGAAAUCGCCACAGCCUCGAAACUUUUUGGCGGCGACCCAAAUUUCAACCCUCGACUUGCCGAUUUGAUCGUCAAGGCCAACAGGGCCGGCUUUGCCAAAGCCUCGAUUGAGGCUGCCGUAGCCCGUGGUCAAGGAAAAUCCGUCAAUGGUGCUGCCCUGGAAACCGUCACCCUCGAGGCCAUGAUGCCCAACAAUGUCGGUGUAGUCAUCGAUUGCGAGACGGAUAGCCGACUACGAACGCUGGCCGACCUCCGAGUUAUAAUCAAGCAACAUGGAGGAAACGCCACGCCGACAGGCUAUCUCUUUACCAAGAAGGGCAGGAUAAUAUUUGCGAACAAGGAUGGCGUCGGCGUUGAUGAUGUCUUUGAGCCUGCUCUGGAAGCAGGCGCCCUGGACGUGGAUGAAGACGGCGAGGGUCGAGUGCUUGUCUACACCGAGCCCACUGAAACAAAAUCGACUGGAGAGGCUUUGUCGACAGCAUUAGGUCUGGACAUUGCCAGCUCCGAGAUCAUAUCAGACGCCAACGAGGAUACCAAGGUGGCGCUGAGCAGUGCUGAAGCAACGCAGGAGCUGGCCAAGUUUGCCGAUGCUAUCCAGGACAAAGAGAAUGGAGUGCAGGGUAUCUACAUGAACGUAAUCCAAGGUACGGUGGACGAGGGAGCGUGGGCCGAACUGCAGAGCAGAAUCACUUGA